GCGAGUUUGCGCCGCGAGUUUGCCGGUGCGGCGGCGGUGUUUGCCGGCGUUCUGCAGGGCGAGGACCUCUCGCGCGCGUACGCGGCGGCGGACGUCUUUGUGAUGCCUUCCGACUCGGAGACGCUGGGUUUCGUCGUGCUCGAGGCGAUGGCUUCGGGCGUGCCCGCCGUCGCCGCCGACGCCGGCGGGCUGAGAUUAGCCGAGAUUGAGCCGAGAUUAGCCGAGAUUAGCCGAGAUGCGCCGAGAUGCGCCGAGAUUAGCCGCCGACGCACGGCGGGCUGUCUGUUCUGGUGGCGGCCGUGACACAAAGGAGACGCGGGCCGCGCACACACGCAAGCUGUGGGCAGGCGGGCUGUCGAGCCUGGUGGCGGACGGCGAGACGGGGCUGCUCUUCACACCGGGCGACGGGGCCGACCUGGCGGCGAAGGUUGGGCGGCUGGCCGGGGGGCCUAGAAGCUGAACCCCGUCUUCCCUGUACUCCCACCAGCGCUCGAGAGGAGCACGUCUUCCGCCGCAUUCGGCCGCAUUCGGCUGUGUGAGAGAGGCCUCUGAUCGGCUACUACGAUCUCGACUUCACAAGUCCACUUCACAAAUCUGCCCCCGUGUCCCGCAGAUCGACGAUCCGCUGCUGCGGCGGGAGAUGGGCCGAGCGGCGUGCGCCGAGGCGAGGCGGUGGAGCUGGGAGGCGGCCACGUCGGUGCUGCGCAACGAGCAGUACGCGCUGGCGGAGAGCCGCUUCCGGGAGCGGCAGCGGUGGGUCGAGGCGAAGCUGGAGGCGUGGCGGAGUCCGCUGACGCGACUGCGGAAGCGCCGCCCCCACCGGACGCGACCGAGCGUGGCCGCGUUUGCGUGACAGCAUCGUUUUGACUUUUGUCGGGAGAUGUGUUUCCGUGGGACUCGAGU